AACAGAGCAGUCCCUUCCCCUCCUAAAUCCUGUGUGAUGUCAUCUGGGACAGACUUCUUCACAUGAUUGGAGGAUCUCACCAUAAAUUUCCUGAAAACUUCAUCCCCCACUCACUCCCCAGCUCUGCACGUCCCUGAUUUCCUGCCCGAGAGAAAGAGAGAGAAAGAGAGAGAGAGGGGGAGAGAGAGAGAGAAGGAAAAAGGAAGCACUUUUCCUCACACAACUUUGCAACUUUGACGCCAAACAGUCUUUUUAAAGGAUAACAGCAUACCGGCGCGGGCUGCGUCCCCUUCUUUGGCCUCCUUGCUUUUGCUCCAGAGGGGAAACAACAGAAGUAACCGAGAUCAUGGAUGGAGUGAGGAAGAAAAUACAAGCGCUCCACGACCAAGUUGACAAGGCGGAGGAGCGCGCGGCGACUUUACAAAAUGAGCUGGAUGUUGAACGACAGCAGCGCGAAAACGCUGAGGGCGAGGUGGCAGCUUUGAACCGCAGGAUCCAGCUGGUGGAGGAGGAGCUGGACCGCGCCCAGGAGAGACUGGCCACGGCCCUGCAGAAACUGGAGGAGGCCGAGAAGUCUGCUGAUGAGAGCGAAAGAGGCAUGAAGGUGAUCGAAAACAGAGCCAUGAAAGACGAGGAGAGGAUGGAGAUUCAGGAGCUGCAACUCAAAGAAGCCAAAAACAUUGCUGAGGAAGCCGACCGCAAAUUCGAGGAGGUUGCCCGUAAACUGGUGGUCCUGGAGGGCGAGCUGGAGAAAGCAGAAGAGAGGGCAGAAAUCUCAGAACUCAAAUGUAACGACCUGGAAGAAGAGCUCAAGAAUGUCACCAACAACCUGAAGUCACUGGAGGCUCAGUCUGAUAAGUAUUCUGAGAAAGAAGACAAAUACGAGGAGGAGAUCAAAGUUCUGAGUGAAAAGCUCAAAGAUGCGGAAACCCGUGCAGAGUUUGCUGAACGAACAGUGACCAAGCUGGAAAAGACCAUAGAUGACUUAGAAGAGAACCUAACACAUGCAAAAGAUGAAAACACAGAAAUGCACCAAGUCCUGGAACAAACACUGCAGGAUCUUAACAACUUGUAAAAUGCCAAGAGGGACAUCAAGCAAUCAAAGAUAUUUUCUACAUGGGUCUCUAUAAUUCCACUCUUAUUCCCAAUUGUUCAAACACGUGUACCCCCAUUUUUAUAUAUAUUUAUGUUUCCUUUGUCUUUUUUGUUUAAAACAAACAAACAAAUGUUUUGCGGUCCAGACGUUGUAGUUUGCUGGAUUUCCUUUAACCCAAACUCUGAGCACAAAUAAAAACUGAUGAUGACGGCGA